AUGAGCUUGCGGAUCAUCAACUACUGGUUCUGGGUUGACGUACACCUCUGCUUGCUUGAGAUCCUCUCCUCAUACAGUCUCUCGUUGCUGGUGCUGUGCUCCUGUGCGUCCAGAUUUCAGUUUUCAAUUUUCAGUACUGAUCGGGGACCGAUUCCUCGGUUUGGUGUGCGCAGUUACGUCAACAACAAGUUCAGGAACCAGGCCACCAUCAGUUUGGAUUUUGUCACCAAGGAGGUUUCUCUUUCACUUGCCUGGGGAUAUCUAUCUCCCAUGAUUCGUAUGCAAGCAACGGAGUCUGAUGCCACCUCUGACAGUGAUGCAUUCAGAGAUAUUGAGAACCCCGAACUGUGUGGGCAUUGCAAGAACCUUGCUCCACAUUAUGAUAAGGCGGCCCAGGCACUUAGCAAGCAUGACCCACCGAUUGUUCUCGCUAAGGUUGAUGCUAACGAGGAGAAGAACAAGCCGCUUGCUACCAAGUACGAGAUCCAAGGUUUCCCAACCAUCAUGAUCUUCAGGAACCAGGGGAAGAACAUUCAGGAAUACAAGGGCCCUAGGGAGGCUGAUGGCAUUGUGUAUUACUUGAGGAAGCAGGUUGGCCCUGCGUCCAAGGAGCUAAAGUCUCCGGAAGAUGUUGCGACCCAUUUCGAUGACAAGAAGACCUACACUGUUGGAAUCUUCACAGAAUUCAGUGGCACCGAAUUUACAGACUUCAUGGAGGUCGCUGAGAAGCUGAGGUCUGACUAUGACUUUUGGCCACACUUUUGCAUGCCAACCACCUUACCAUGCGGUGAUGCAGCGGUGGAGAGGCAGCGCCAUGAUAAAACAGACCCCCCUGUGGGGAUGCCAUUCUAG